AUGAACGAAAAUUUUAAGGCCCCAUUUUUUAUUAGAAUCUUUGCAUUUAUCUUCUUAUUUUGGAUAUGUGAUGAUAAUAAUAAUGUAUAUACCUGUUGUAAAUCUAUGAAAACCUAGAAUAAAUUAGAUGUCUAUUUGUGUAUUAUAGCUAAUAGGCUAUUUUAAGAAAUAUCGUUGGAUGCGUUAUCGACUGGAUAUGCAUCAGAUGACGAGGAUGACACUAAAUUAAUGGAUAUUAAAAAUGACAAAGACCAUAAUUCACGAAGAAAAUUAAUGAAAGAAAUUUUAUUAAAAGCAGAGAAAAGGAAUAAAAAGUAUUCUUCAUUUAAUAUAAUUGAUUUAUUUCUUAGAAAAGAUAUAUCAAUCCAAUUAUAAUACAUAGAUAAAAUUAAGAAUAACAAGAAAAUAGUUAUAAAAAUUGAAAUAAUAAAUAUGUACAAGAAGGUAUCUUUUGGAGUUAUUCGACUUUUUUUAAUUAUUCUGAUAGAAAUCCUAUUAUUAUUAUUAUUUUUAUUUUAGUUGGGGGCACCAACAACUUCAGGAUCGGCUGACUAUCAGACUGGUCAUGAAUACUCAGCGUCCAUAAUUUUAUUAUCUGCAAUAUCAUUAGCAAUAUUUUUACUUUUAGUGUUUGUGUAUCUUUUAGUUACAUCAUGUUUUAAUUAUACUUCGAAGAAGUUUGAUAAUUUUAAAAUAAAAAAGGUAAGUGAUUUAAAAAUAAACUGUGAUAUUGAUAAUACUUAA